CCACGAGAGAGAGGACAGAUGCGAUUCCACAUGUUACAUAACAUCGAUACUGCCUUACAUUUUCUUCGGUGUAAAAACGUCAAAUUAGUCAAUAUUAGAUCAGAAGAUAUCGUGGACGGAAAUCCAAAGCUGACAUUGGGGCUCAUUUGGACGAUUAUUCUACAUUUCCAGAUAUCCGACAUAGUCAUCGGCCAAGAACCCAACGUUUCGGCAAAGGACUUCCUCCUCAGAUGGGCCAAGCGUACCACCAACAAAUAUCCCGGAGUGACCAUACAAGACUUUUCAAAAUCAUGGCGAGACGGUUUGGCAUUCUCGUCGAUCAUACACAGAAACAGGCCGGAUUUGGUAGAUUUCAGGCAGGCCAGGNAAAAAGUAAGACCUACAAAUGAUACGGCCCGGGGACCGGUGCAGACCGCGGCUAUAAUUCCUAAUCGUCACCUGCAACCUACAACUCUUGUUUCAGACGUGGACACCCAUAACCCCGACGAGAAAUCCCUCAUCACCUACAUCUCCUCCCUGCAUGAAGUAUUCCCAGAACCACCUCCCAUCCACCCUCUCUUCGACUCCGAAGCCCAACAACGCGUGCAGGAAUACCGCGAAGUCGCCUCCUCUCUCCACAUGUGGAUAAGGGAGAAGUACUCCCUAAUGAUGGACAGAUCCUUUCCGGGCACUCUGAUAGAGAUGAAGAAGAUCGCGGCCGAGUCUUCGAGGUUCUGGACGGACGAGGUGCCCCCCAGGAAGCGGGACAAGAACCACUGCGCGCAGCUGUUCAAGGGCCUAGAGAAGUAUUUCAAGAGCAUAGGGGAGGUCGAGGUGGAACCAGAGUUACACAUGGACAACAUCGAGAGGAGGUGGCAGAAACUGAUUGAGGCGUAUCAAGAGAGAGACAGGCACAUCAUGGAGGAGAUCAAGAGGUUGGAGAAGCUGCAGAGGCUUGCCGAGAAGGUUCAUAGAGAAAUCAAACAGACCGACUCGAACCUAGAUACGAUCGAACGAGCAAUAGAAAACGAAUCGAGACGCAUCGAGCGGAUCCAUCCUUUGGAAGCUAAAAAGAUCGCCGACCAAAUCGACCAAGACCUCGCUCUGACAGAGCAAAGCAUACAGUCCCUUUCCAGUGACGUGAGCACCCUGAGGCACGGAAGGUACCCCCAGGCCGGAGAUCUCGACAAGAGGGUGAACAAGCUGCAUGAGCGGUGGGUGCAUCUGCGGCAUGCUUUGCAUAAUAAGAUCGUAGGACCGCUGGCUAAUAUGAGCUUCCCUGUGGAAGAAAGAACUGUUACGAAACAUACUCGCACCGUUCAAGAAACCAGGAAUGUCGAUACCAACCCUCACUUUAGGUCGUUGCAAGAGCACAUCGAAUGGUGUAAGAAUAAGUUGUUCCACUUAAUUCGAGAAAUCAAACAGACCGACUCGAACCUAGAUACGAUCGAACGAGCAAUAGAAAACGAAUCGAGACGCAUCGAACGGAUCCAUCCUUUGGAAGCUAAAAAGAUCGCCGACCAAAUUGACCAAGACCUCGCUCUGACAGAGCAAAGCAUACAGUCCCUUUCCAGUGACGUGAGCACCCUGAGGCACGGAAGGUACCCCCAGGCCGGAGAUCUCGACAAGAGGGUGAACAAGCUGCAUGAGCGGUGGGUGCAUCUGCGGCAUGCUUUGCAUAAUAAGAUCGUUGGACCGCUGGCUAAUAUGAGCUUCCCUGUGGAAGAAAGAACUGUUACGAAACAUACUCGCACCGUUCAAGAAACCAGGAAUGUCGAUACCAACCCUCACUUUAGGUCGUUGCAAGAGCACAUCGAAUGGUGUAAGAAUAAGUUGCAUCUAAUGAGCGAAUUAGAGAAACGUGAAAUACAAUUCAGUGCCGUGUUAGAAAGAGGCGAAAAUCUGGUCCUCCAAAACCAUCCUGCUACCAAAGCCAUUGAAGCCCACAUGGCGGCUAUGAAUGCCCAAUGGGCGUGGUUAUUACAGCUCACCCACUGCCUCGAGAAGCACCUACAAAAUACCCGGAUAUACCAGCAGUUUUUUAAAGAUAUACAAACCACAGAAGAAUGGCUCAAAGAGAAAGAUGAAAUCAUGAACACGGAAUUCAGUCAAGGUGAGUUCAGCUUGGACGUCGGAGAACGACUCUUGCAAGGCAUGCAAGCCCUUCGUGAUGAACUCAACAUUUUUGGCGAUCGAGUUCAAGAACUGACCGCCAGAGCUCAAGAUAUAGUGCCUUUGAAACAAAGAAGACAACCCGUAACGAGACCCCUUACCGUCACAGCGGUGUGCAAUUACAAACAAAACAAUGAAAGCAAAAACCAAACGAGAGUCUUCAACACUCAAAUCUCAAAUCUGCAGAUCGUAUUAGAAGAAGCCGAACGUACUAUAAAUCAACGAGUCCUAUCGCCCCUACCCCGCGACAUUGACACCCUCCAACACCUUGUUCUGGAACACAAAGAGUUCGAGUCGCGACUCCAAAAUCUCGAACCUGAAAUCGAACAGGUAAAAGACACCUUCAGAUCGAUCACGCUGAAAACUCCCCAACACAAAAAAGACCUUGAAAAAGUCCUCGAUAAGUGGAAGUACAUCUGGAACACGAGCAACAUCUACAUCGAGCGCUUGAAGUGCAUCGAGAUCGUUCUGAAUGGAAUGGAGGAAGCAUCACAAGUAAUAUCCGAGUUUGAGAAUAAACUAGCCCUGUUCGAUGAACUGCCAAAUACAAAGAAGGGGUUGGAAGCUGUGCAUGAUGAUUUACUCAAGCUGGAGUCCGCGGUUGGUCAACAGCAAAUAGUCAUGGACCAGCUGAACGACGAUUUUGAUAAUACAAGGCGUUUGACUGAGAAAUCAAGGCCGAACCAAAGAGGUCCUCACUCUGACGUCGAACGGUUGGACAAGGAGGUUCAGAAGCUCAACAACAGAUGGAGUCACGUCUGCACGCAGCUUGCAGAUAGGCUUAGAGGAUGCAAGCAAGCAUACGACCUCCUGAAGAACUACGGGGAAGCCAAACAGAUCGAAGAUGCUUGGUUGGACGAGCAGUACGGAAAAUUGGACAACCUCCAGCCUAUCAAAGAGCGAGCCAAGGAGCAUUUAGAUGUCACGAGAAACUUGUUGAACAGUGUCGUAGAGCGGGCCCCGAAAAUUGAACAGGUGAACAUCAACGGAGGCAGAUUUAUCAGGGAGGGCAAGAUCUGGAGCAAGGGGGCGCAGAAGUUCCGCGAAGCCCUGCUGGAGGACCAACCAUCGUUGGACGCCGACGCAGCAUUCUGGUCGAGGAGCAGAGGCCAGCCAUCCGGAGCGGACCUGGUCGCGGACGAGUUGGAUCACUUCAACGAGAGGUACCAGUACCUGGUGGACUUCCUGUACGGGCGACUGAAGGAGAUCGCAGACAGAUGCAAACGGGAUAUUGUUACUUUGAGAUUGGUCGAACAGAUGCAACCACAACCAUUCCGAACCUUCAGAUCUGAAUUCCACAUGAGCAGUACCAGCGAACACACUUCAACAUAUACUACAACAACCCACUACAGCAAACAGUAUGUCCAAACUACAAAAACCUCUUCCAACUCUGAGAACGGCACAACCAUCAAAAUCACAGAUGAGCAGACAAAAGAUAACUGGAAAAACGAUGAAGUGGACCACAUAACUAACGGUCGUCCACCAGACAAACACACCACCCUGACUAAAAUAAUUCAAGAACCCCAAAGAUGGGACAGCUCGAUGCAAUUCACAGAAAUCAAAUCACUGAAAAGGAGCCAUAACACUCCCGAAGGAUUAGAUAUCCUCGACAUCGCCGGAAUCAUCAAUCCCUAUACGGGAGAAUUACUGACAAUACGAGAGGCCAUCGCCGAAAGAAUAUUAGACGUCAGGACCGGUAAAGUAGUUGCCUCUAUGGACGGCACCCAAAUUUCUAUAGGCGAAGCUCAAAGAGCGGGACUAGUCGAACCUAAAAUUGCAGAAAGACUGAGCAGCCCCUGUGGAAGCACUGAAGAUGGUCGUGAUCUCACACUUCUGGAGGCAAUUCAACGCGAAAUCUAUGAAGCGGAGCAAGGUUACCUAGACCCAUCUGAGAAGAGAAUGAAGCAAGCAGUCGAAGAAAAAUACAAACUGUGCGACGACACUUUGUCAAAACUCCUCAGCUGGAUAGAUGAAAUAGAAGACCGGAUCGCGAACCAAGACGUCAUCCACGAGGUGGAAGAGGAACUUCGCAAUCAAAUCAACACCAUGAAACAGAUCCGCGAUGACCUGGAACAACACUCCGGCCAGGUUUCCUACUGCGGAGACCAAGUGAGGCAACUUCUGACAGCAGGAGACGUUCUUUCCAAAAGUGAAAUUUCUGCUCUAGAAAAGAGCGGACGUAACCUCAAAACGCGUUAUGACAAAGCUGGUGAUCGCACUGAGAAACUUCUAAGAAGGUUGCUCGCUGCUAGGGAUGAACUGGCUAAGCUCAAAGGCGAGCUCAGCAUUUUUUCGACAUGGUUGAGCAAGGCGAGGAGAGUUCUGGAAGACAAGGAGAGGUCUUUGAGCGAUUUGCAGAAUCUGGAUUCUAGUACCGAUAGUACCAAGGAGUUCGUCGGAGACGUGAUAGCCCAUCAAGCGGAUCUGAGAUUCAUCACUAUGUCUGCACAGAAGUUCGUCGACGAAGGAAAGGAAUAUCUCAACAUCCUCAACGACUUCCGUACCACCCUUCCCUCACGUCUGCCUCACAUAGAACCCUACUCGUCCCAAGACUCGCCCGUACGCAGCGAAGUAUCUUUGGUCACCCAGCAAUACCGCGAUCUCCUGCAUCGUGCUAACAACCUUUCUGAUCGCCUUUCUGGUGUGGGUGGACGCCAAAGAGAGUAUUCAGACGCUCUAGACAAGGCCAAGGCUUGGCUCAGAGACGCGGAACCAAGAGCGAAACAGCUGCUGAACGACCCGAUCGCCGGAGAUCCGAAAGCGGUUGAGGAUCAGCUACAGAGCGCCAAGGCUCUGAACAACGAGUUCGUCGCUAAUGGAAGGCUGGUUGACAACGCCAAACAGGCCACCAGUUCUCUCCUCAUAUCUCUUGAGGGCCAGAUAUCUCCAUCGGAAAUAGCUCGCCUAGAGGAACCGAUCAAAACUUUGGAAAACAAAUAUACCCAACUGAGCAGCGCCAUCGCGAAUCGCUGCCAGGAUCUCGAAACAGCCCUCGUCCAAUCGCAAGGCGUCCAAGACGCCCUAGACGGCAUCAUCGACUGGUUAAAUCAGGCCGAGAACCAGUUCAAGAACAUGCAGAAACCGGCGUCGCUAAUCAAAGAACGCCUGGAAGAACAACUGAGAGACCAUCGCGCAUUCCAAGCCGACGUAGACAUCCACAUAUCCUCCAUCGACUCUAUAUACUUAUCCGCCAACGAGCUGAUAGUGUCGACUAGCAACGCGAGAGUUGCCAAGAAAAUAGAAGGAAAACUAAACGAUGUCAAGGUGAGAUUCGAGAAACUUUUCGACCGCGCUCAGAAUCGCGGGGUGUUUCUGGAAGAAACCAACCAAGACCUGAGAGUGUUUGGUAAUCAAGCAGUCAAGUUCGGAGAUUGGUACACCAGCGUAAUGGAUAUCAUAGAGUCGAAAGACAUGAGCAAGCUACCCGCAGACGAGUUUGUCAACCAGAUGAAGAAAAUCGCCGCUAAUCGGGACGAAAACCGACACAUGUACGAAGAGACCGUAAAGAUCGGCAAAGAACUCCUCAACAAGAGAGACGUCACCGAUACGGCCAGCGUGAGAGACCGCGUCAAGUUGCUUGAAACCCAGUGGAAGGAACUGGAGCAUUUACUCGAAGAAAAAGCCAGGCUAUCAAGUCUACGCGCAGAGCAUAACAAGUCGUACGAAACAUUGAGGACCCAAGUGAACGAGUGGCUCAACAAAAUGGAAUUGAAAGUCACGCGACUGGAAAUGGUCGCUGUGCAUCUGGAAACUCUAAAGAAGCAAAACGAAGAGCUCAAACCGAUUGUCAAGGAGUAUAAAGAAUACUCCUCUACCAUCGACAAAAUCAACGACAUCGGCACCAUAUACGAUAACUUAAUGAGGGCCGAUAGGCCAGAGUCGCCUACCAGGCGAAAGGCGUACAGCCCGACUAAGCGUACCUCUCCAGCUCCUGGAAAAUUGCCAUCUAGAAACGGUCGGUCACCAUCACCUACAAAAGUACUAUCACCGCUAUCUCCAGGAGGUUCUAGUGGCUUCUCCUCGCGCAGAUCCAGCCAGGACGGCUUCCAUCUCGAAGAGUUGUCACCGGUUCAACAACAAAUCUCUGAAAUAAACAACAGGUAUUCUUUGCUAGGCGCUAAAAUCAACGACAGGCAGUCCGAAAUCGACUCGGUACGCGACGAAGUCAAGAAGCAAUUGGAUAACCUCAGGAUCCUCAGCGGUUUUCUCGAUAAAGUCCAAAGACAGCUUCCCAAAGACACAGUACCCAGCACCAAAGACGAAGCUGACAAACUUAACAAACAAAUUAAACACGUGUUGGAAGAAAUGUACGAAAAGCAGUCGUUGCUGGAUUCCACCAAGAUCCAAAUAAAAGACCUGCUCAGGCGAAAGCCUGGUGCGAUUGGUUCGGAUAAUUUGAACGACGAACUUGAAGACGUUGUUUCGCAUUGGAAGAGCUUAAACGACCACUUGAAGAACCGCAUCAAAUUCAUGGAAGACAUGAAGGAGUUCCACGAUAUCCAUGAUUCUUUGACCUCGUGGUUGGGUGCUAAGGAUAGGAUGCUAACCGUUUUAGGACCAAUUUCCAGUGACUCUCGCAUGGUGCAGUCACAGGUACAGCAGGUGCAAGUGCUUCGCGAGGAGUUCCGCACUCAACAGCCUCAGUUGCAGCAUCUCAUCGACGUCGGCGAUGACGUCUUAGGAUACCUGGACCUCAAAUCUCCUGAUCACCAGAGGAUUAACUCGAAGCUUGCCGCCGUUCAACAAAAGUGGGCGGACCUACUAGGCAAAUUGGAGGAACGUGCAGAUUCACUCGGCGCGGCAGCAGACACCAGCAGAGAAUUCGACGCUCAACUCACGCGACUAAGAGACGCGUUACAAGGAAUAUCCGACAACUUGGAUGAACUACCAUUAGACAAAGACCCCGAAGAACAACUACGUAAAGUGGAGAAUCUCGAACGACAGCUGGAGGGACAACGCCCUCUGUUAACCGAUUUGGAAGCUAACGGAGCACAGCUCUGCGACGUGCUGAGUGAUCCUGCUUCCAGAGCCGAUAUUCAAGCCAAACUGGUAUCGGUUGGAAGACAAUACAAUGCUCUGCAAAGAAAACUGGACCACAAGAAGGCCGAGAUUGAAGGAUCUAUCAGAGAUGGGCGCCAGUUCGAAGAGUCUUGCGCCAAGACACUAGGAUGGUUAUCGGACGAGCUUGGAUCAUUAUCAGAAAAAUUCCUAAUAUCAGCCAACAGAGAUGUACUGGAACAACAAGUCGCGCAGCACGAACCCAUCUACAGGGACGUGCUCGCUAGAGAACACGAAGUCAUCAUGCUUCUGAACAAGGGCAGAGAUGUUCUAAGUAGGAAUAAUAGAGCCGAUACGAGAUCUCUGCAGAGAGACCUGGACAAGAUCAACCAGAACUGGGAGAAGCUGCGCAAAGAAACUUUGGAGAGGCACACCAGGUUGCAAACCUGCAAAGAGCACUGCCGCAAGUACUACAAGGCUUUGGAAACCUUCCUGCCUUGGCUAAGACAGGCCGAGGAUAAGCUGGACACUCUCAAGCCUUCCUCGUUCCAACGUAAACACAUCGAGAAGCAGCUGAAGGAGCUGCAAACUUUCCGAAACGAAGUGUGGAAGAAGUCCGGAGAUUACGAAAACACCAAGUCUCUAGGGGAUUCCUUCUUGAGCGCUUGCGAUAUAGACAAAGAUGACGUCAAGAACGAACUCGCUGAUCUUAAAGAUAGAUGGGAUAGGCUUAACAAUGACUUGAUUCUGAGAACCCAAGCUCUCGAAGACCAAUCAAGAAAACUAGCAAACUUUGGCGAGAAUUUGAGAGACCUUCAACACAGCUUGGAGCGGUGCGAAGACAAAUUGGCGUCACACGACGCACUUGGAGGAGCAGCCCGAGAUCCAAAGUUGCUCGAGAGGAUAAAAGCACUCAGAGAAGAGACGGCCAAGCUGAAGAAACCGCUGCAAGUCGUUCGUCAACAGGCUGACGAUCUGUGCAAUGAAGCUGGAGAGAACGGCAUCGACGCGGUACACCUUAAAGAUGAAGUUGACGGUUUGGGAGAUCGUAUUGACGAGCUAGCCAGCAAACUCGAUGACCGUUGCUCGGACUUACAAUCAGCUGCUACUGCGGUGACUCAGUUCAAUGAUCAAGUGAAGGGCAUUUCCCAAGACCUUUCUGCUUUGGAGUCUGAGUUGGACAACAUGAGACCACCCGGUAGAGACGUUAAGACUGUACGUGGACAAAUUGAUGACGUCAACAAAUUCAUCGGAAAAAUCAACAAAGCCACUGACGACUUGACUGAUGCCAUUCAAUCCGGCGAGAGGCUUGUAGACAGCGGAUUUGCUCCGGAUACGGCCCAAACAAGACAACAGGUAGACACGCUCAAGAAAUUACUUGGUAAGUUAGAUGACCGUGCACUCAAUAGAGAAAAAGAACUCGAUGGAGCUUUGAAGAAGCUAGAAGGGUUUUACAUUACCCACGCAAACGCUAUAGAUGGCAUACAAAAUGCCGCAUCAGAACUUCGUAAACUCAAGCCAGUCGCUUCCGAGGUCGACACUAUUAGAGCACAACAAAAAGACUUUAAGAAGUUUACUGCCGGCUUCAUUGAACCUUUGGGUAGACAAAUCGAUGAGGUCAACAAAGUGGGUCAGGGACUCAUCCAGUCUGCAGCCCCAGGCAUCAACACUACCGCUCUCGAGAAGGACCUGGAGAAAAUGAACGGGCUGUGGAACGAUCUCAAAGAAAAAAUUAAUGACAGAGAGAGAAGGCUAGAUAUCGGCUUGCUGCAGUCAGGCAAGUUCCAAGAAGCUCUGGACGGUCUAGCCAAAUGGUUAACUGACACUGAAGAGUUGGUUGCGAAUCAAAAACCACCAUCAGCAGACUACAAGGUGGUCAAGGCCCAACUGCAAGAGCAGAAGUUCUUGAAGAAGAUGUUACUCGACAGGCAAAACUCUAUGACAUCGCUAUUUAACAUGGGCAACGAUAUUGCUAAAGAAGCAGAACCUGCAGAACGUAAAGCCAUCGAAAAACAACUGAAGGACCUAAUAGGUCGCUUCGAUGCACUCACAGAAGGGGCACAGCAACGUACCUUGGACUUGGAACAAGCCAUGCGGGUUGCCAAAGAGUUCCAGGACAAGUUGAUUCCCUUACAGGAUUGGCUGGACCGCUCAGAGAAAAAAGUCAAGGACAUGGAGCUCGUACCAACAGAUGAAGAAAAGAUUCAACAAAGAAUACGGGAACACGACGCUCUACACAACGACAUAUUGGAUAAGAAACCAGACUUCAAAGAACUCACCGAAAUCGCGUCAAAUCUGAUGUCUCUAGUCGGAGAUGAUGAAGCCGCAGGGCUAGCCGACAAGCUACAAGAAGCCACCGACAGGUAUGGCAUCCUAGUGGAAGCCAGCGAGAACAUAGGUCAGCUGCUAACAGCCUCUAGGCAAGGUCUUAGACAUCUCGUCUUGACCUACCAAGAUUUGGCCGUCUGGAUGGAUCAGAUGGAGCAAAGGCUUGCGAGAUACAAGAUUCUAGCUGUGCACAACGAGAAGCUACUUGAGCAGAUGGACGACUUGACAAACUUGUCCGAAGACAUAGCUGGUCGACAAACUGACAUAGACGGCACCGUAGAUGCUGGGGUUGAACUUAUGAGACACAUUUCCUCGGACGAGGCUUUGCAGCUUAAAGAUAAGCUGGAUUCCUUGCAGCGCAGAUACAACGACCUCACGACUAAAGCGGCAGAGCUGCUCAAACAAGCAGAAACGAUGCUACCGCUGGUUCAGAAGUUCCACGUCAACCACAACCGAUUAGUAGAUUGGAUGCAGGGCGCGGAGUCGAUUCUGCAGUCCGCCGAACCGUACGAAGGAGAUAUCGCCCGACUAGAAGUAGAUCUUCAGGAACUGAGACCUGUACUGGAGUCCGUAAACAUUCUGGGACCGCAGUUGUGCCAAGCUAGCCCGGGAGAGGGCGCUGCGACAAUCGAAGGCCUGGUUACGAGAGACAACAGGCGCUUUGACGCCAUCGCUGAGCAAAUACAAAGGCGGGCCGAAAGAAUCCACCUGGGUAAGCAGAGAGCGCUUGAAGUCACGGGAGAUAUCGACGAGCUACUGGAAUGGUUCAGGGAAGUCGACGGUCAGCUAAGAGACGCCGAAAAACCCUCUGCGGAGCCAGAUCUGAUCAGGAUUCAACUAAAAGAGCACAAAGCGCUCAACGACGACAUCUCCAGCCAAAAAGGCAGGGUGCGUGACGUGCUCUCAACUGCCAAGAAAGUCUUGCGGGAGACCCCGCCAAGCGACGAUACUUCAUUCAUCCGCGAGAAAAUGGAUGACCUUCGUGAAGCCAUGGACAUCGUUUCUGGUUUGAGCUCGGACAGAUUGGGAGUGUUGGAACAAGCCCUGCCACUAGCUGAACAUUUCCACGAAACGCACAACGUGCUAGCCACAUGGUUGGCAGACAUGGAGGAGCAGGUGUCCAUGCUCACCAUGCCGGCGUUGAGGCCUGACAUCAUAGCGCAGCAGCAGGACCGAAACGAGAUGUUCCUCCAGUCAAUCAACGAGCACAAACCUCUCGUCGACAAGCUCAAUAAAACGGGAGAGGCACUCAUCAGGCUAUGCAAUGAAGACGACGGAAGCAAAGUGCAGGAGUUGCUAGAUAGCGACAACGCCAGGUAUGGAGCGCUCAGGUUAGAACUCCGUGAGCGACAACAGGCCCUGGAGCAAGCCCUACAAGAGAGCUCCAAGUUUUCAGAUAAGCUCGAGGGGAUGUUACGAGCCCUUUCCAACACAGCUGAUCAAGUUAACCACCUAGAACCUGUUUCCGCUCACGUUCCUAAAAUUAAGGAUCAGAUAGAGGACAACGACAACCUUGCUGGUGAUCUGGAUAAGAGGAAGGAAGCGUACGCGGCUGUUAAACGUGCUGCAGACGACGUCAUCAGCAAAGCGGGCAACAAAGCCGAUCCCGCCAUCAAAGAUAUCAAACGAAAGCUCGACAAACUGAAAAAUCUCUGGGAUGAUGUACAGAAAGCUACUCAGGAUCGCGGAAGGUCCUUGGACGAUGCGUUGGAUGCCGCCCAGAAAUUCUGGAAGGAGCUCCACGCCAUUAUGGUCACUCUCAAGGAUCUUGAAGAUUCUUUGGUAUCGCAGGAACCUCCGGCUGUCGAGCCGAAAGCGAUACAAGAACAGCAGGUGGCUCUGCAGGAGAUCAGGCAAGAAAUAGAUCAAACCAAGCCGGAUGUGGAUAAAGUGAGGAGUUCCGGAGAAAAACUAAUGAAACUAUGCGGAGAGCCUGACAAGCCUGAAGUCAAAAAGCAUAUUGAAGAUUUGGACAAUGCCUGGGAUAACAUUACUGCUCUGUAUGCGAAGCGCGAGGAGAACCUCAUUGAUGCCAUGGAAAAAGCAAUGGAAUUCCACGAAACCUUAGAGAAUCUUCUCGAGUUCUUGGAUAAAGCUGAAAGAAAAUUCGAAAAAUUGGGUCCACUCGGAACUGAUAUUGAUGCUGUGAAGAAACAGAUCAACCAACUCAAGAACUUCAAGGAUGAAGUUGAUCCUCAUAUGGUAAAGGUUGAGGCUCUCAACAGACAAGCUCAAGAACUCACGGAACGCACAUCGGCCGAUCAGGCAGCCUCGAUCAAAGAACCGCUGUCAGCUGUCAACAAACGAUGGGACGACCUACUGCGAGGCAUUGUGGAGAGACAACGGUCUCUGGAAAAUGCCCUCCUGCGUCUCGGACAAUUCCAACAUGCUCUCAACGAGCUACUGGUUUGGAUUGGUAAGACCGAUAAAACAUUGGACGAGUUGAAACCCGUGGCUGGCGAUCCUCAGAUUCUGGAAGUCGAGUUGGCUAAAUUGAAGGUACUCAUCAAUGACAUACAAGCUCACCAAACUAGCGUCGAUACGCUCAACGACGCUGGUAGGCAGAUAAUAGAGAGUGGAGCUGACGAAGCGAGCGCCACCCAAGAAAAACUAAACACCUUGAACGUCCAAUGGCGCUCCCUUAUGCAAAAGGCUGCGGACCGGCAGCGAGAACUCGAAGAUGCUCUGAACGACGCCCAAAGAUUCAACGCCGAAAUCCAAGACCUCCUCUCCUGGUUGGGAGAUGUAGACAGCAUCAUCACGGCCAGCAAACCGGUCGGCGGCCUUCCAGAAACCGCCUCUGAACAACUAGAACGCUUCAUGGAAAUAUACAACGAAAUCGAGGACAACAGACCUAAAGUUGAGACCAUCCUCUCUCAGGGACAAGAAUAUUUGAAGAAGGCCACCACGCCAGCUUCAAACUUACAGCAUAAUCUCCGCAUGCUCAAGCAGCGCUGGGAUAACGUCACCUCUAGAGCUAACGAUAAGAAAAUCAAACUGGAAAUUGCCCUCAAGGAAGCCACGGAGUUCCACGAGUCUUUGGAGGCAUUCGUGGACUGGCUGACGAACGCGGAGAAGAUUCUUACCAACUUGAAGCCGGUGUCCAGGGUCAUGGAAACGAUCCAGGGUCAGAUAGAGGAGCACAAGGUGUUCCAGAAAGACGUCAGCGCUCACCGCGAGAUAAUGCUCGCCCUGGACAAGAAAGGAACGCAUCUGAAGUACUUCAGUCAAAAACAAGACGUUAUUCUGAUCAAGAAUCUGUUGAUCAGCGUCCAGCACAGGUGGGAGCGUGUUGCCUCGAAAUCGGCAGAGCGUACGCGUGCUCUGGAUCUAGGUUUCAAGGAAGCUAGGGAGUUCCACGACGCUUGGGCCGGACUGAUGACUUGGCUAGACGACACAGAACACGCGUUGGAUGAAUUCCUAGCCGAGGCGAUUGGCAACGAUCCCGAUAAGAUCAAGAGUAGGCUAACGAAACACCAAGACUUCCAGAAAGCUCUAUCCGGCAAACAGGGUACCUACGACGGCGUGAUGAAAGCCGGGAAACAAUUGAAAGACAAAGCACCCAAAGCGGACGAGCCUACUUUGAAAAACAUGCUGUCAGAACUGAAGAGCAAGUGGAAUUCAGUCUGCCACAAGAGCGUCGAGAGGCAGAGAAAGCUAGAAGAGGCCUUGCUGUAUUCUGGGCAAUUCAAAGACGCCAUCGCGGCUCUGGUGCAAUGGCUGCAAAAGGCAGAAAAGGAGCUAGCAGAAGACAAUCUAGUUCACGGCGAUCUUGAUACGGUGACUCACCUAGUGGACUUGCACCGGCAGUUCGAGAAGGAAUUGGAAAAACGUAAUGAUCAAAUGGAAUCGGUCAUGCGUAAUGGACAAGAAUUGGAACGCACAGCCAACAAAGCUGACUCGAUACAAAUACGAGCGGAAUUGAACGAGCUCACCGAGCUCUGGGAAACCGUCACUAGCCUGACCAGGGCCAAGUCUGACAGACUCCGAGAAGCUUUGAAAGAAGCAGAGCGGCUACACCGUUCCGUCAAUAUGAUCCUAGACUGGCUGUCAGAAGCCGAGAUGAAGCUUCGUUUCGUUGGUAACACCCCUGAAGACGAAGCGACAGCCUACGAACAGCUACGCGCCCUGGACGAAUUCAGAGCCCAACUCGGCGAGAAAGAAAUCGAGAAGGAUCAAACUCUACUACUGGCACAGAAUAUCCUGGCCAAGGCCCAUCACGACUCCAUCAACGUCAUCAAGAGCUGGAUCAAGGUGAUUCAGACCAGGUGGGAAGAGGUUUCCCAGUGGGCUUUGCAGAGGCAUCAGAAGCUAUCGCAGCACAUGCAGUCCUUGCGCGAUAUGGAUGAAUCUCUGGAAGAGCUCAUCCAGUGGUUGCUGGGAUUGGAGAAUACGCUGAUCGCCCUCAAGCGAGAAGAGCUGCCAAUGGAUAUUCCAGCAACGGAACAGCUCAUUUCAGAUCACAAAGAGUUCAUGGAGAAUACGCAAAAGAGGCAGAUUGAGGUCGACAGGGUAUGUAAAGCGAAACAAGUCAAGACUGUCCAAGCCGUCAAAGACCCCAAGAAGUUUGCCAAAGGAAAGGGCCAAAUCCGUCCAGGAGCAGGACGAGACCUCAGUCCGGACCCACAAUUACCCCACAUUGGUCCAAGGUUCCCACCUGCUGGAAGUGAACCGGAAUUCCGCACACCGAGAGUUAAAUUCCUCUACGACAAGUGGCGCCACGUUUGGAUGCUGUCGUGGGAGAGACAAAGAGAACUGUAUGACCAUCUGGCUUAUCUGAAGGAGAAGGAGAAGGCAGACAACUUCUCGUGGGACGACUGGAGAAAGAGGUUCCUCAAGUUCAUGAACUACAAGAAGUCCAGGCUCACGGAUCUGUUUAGGAAGAUGGACAAGGACAAUAACGAGCUGAUUCCGAGAGAUGACUUCAUCGAGGGCAUCAUCAAAACUAAAUUCGACACCUCUCGCCUGGAGAUGAAACAUGUUGCCGAUAUGUUCGACGAAAACAACAGAGGACUGAUUGACUGGAAGAAAUUCAUUGCGGCACUAAGGCCGGAUUGGGAAGAGAAAACUCCUGAUAAUGAUGCCCAGAAAAUCCAUGACGAGGUCAAGAGAUUAGUUAUGCUGUGUACUUGCCGACAGAAGUUUAGAGUUUUCCAAGUUGGAGAAGGAAAAUAUAGGUUUGGAGAAAGUCAAAAACUACGACUAGUACGUAUUCUCCGAAGUACCGUUAUGGUACGUGUCGGAGGUGGUUGGGUAGCUUUGGAUGAGUUCCUAGUAAAGAAUGACCCCUGCAGAGCCAAAGGACGCACAAACAUAGAGCUGCGCGAGCAAUUCAUCCUAGCUGACGGUGUGUCGCAAACUAUGACAGCGUUCAAACCCAAAACUUCGGCAUCUAGUCCCGCCUCAGGUUCCUCUGCCUCUUCACUGCGCACAACCCAAGGGCCAAUCUAUAAGGUUCGAGAGAGGUCCCAGCGAUCCAUGCCGAUGGGAAGUCAACCCCGCACCUCGAAAUCCUCCCUUUCAGUCGGUACACCCGAUUCCCUCUCUGAUAAUGAGAGUUCUACAUUCCGCACCCCCAGGAAACCGUCCUAUAGGUCUACGCUGACUCCAGGAGGAUCCAGGAAUAACUCAAGACCUGCUUCGAGAACAGGCAGCAGACCUGGAAGCAAACCGCCGUCUAGGCACGGAUCGAAUCUUUCUUUAGAUAGUACAGAUGACUCCACACCCUCAAGAAUACCAAGGAGAACCCCCGUCUCGGGUCGUAGUGCUACAACCCUAUCCGCCACAACGAGAAAAAAUAUUAACGGAUCUACUUCAAGGCCACGAACCCCUACUGGUCUGAUAUCACCCGCCAGUCCUGCCACAAGAUCAUCAGGAAUAUCCAGAGCAUCAAGCAUUCCCACAUUAACAGGAAUUUCGUCCGCACCAAGGUCUCGCAUCCCUCUGUAUAAGGGAAAAAGUGAGGACACAGAUCCUGAUUCUACAUCGAGUUCAUGCUCUGUCUCUUUAUCUUCUGGAACGAAAUCUUCUGGCAGCAAGUCCAGCAAAUCGAAAAUUCCUGUUCUGAAUAGGAGUGCGAGUUCAAGCAAAGUGAAGCAAGUGACAAUUGGUGUCGCUCCUACGUUGCGGACAGCUUCUAGAACGAGAACCCCCUCCGGAUCAAAUACACCCGUGCAUCCGGAUCAACAGACGGCAGUUUCAAAGCUGUUGCGAAGACCUUCUGGUGCUUCCGACACCCCCACAGGCCAAGCCCGGAAAAAACGGACCUCCCUGUCUGAAAGGGAGCCUUUUAGGUUAUAAUAGAUAGGUAUCUAACUUAUUCCAAAACUUACAUUGACUGACAUAUGUACGUUAUAGCUUGUUUAUGGAAAAAUGUUCAUAUUUUUGUAUAAAAGUUAUUUAUUGCCCGGGGGUGUCUUUCGUCUUGUGAAAAUCGCCAGUUUCGCCAGACGGAGUAUCUUCGGUCGCUGCAGUUUGUCUAUAAUUCGAAAUGUUAACCGCACCACUUUUAGGAGAUAAGCGAAAAUCAAGAAAUUGUAUGUAUAAUUUUUUCGUGAUUCCACUCCCUUUUAUUGUAUGUAUUCUAUUCAUUUUUGUAAAUUAGUUGCCAUAUAUACAACAAAAUGAAUAUUUUUAUUUAUUGUGAUUGUGUUGAUUUUAUAUUCAUUUUUGUUUCGAUUUUUUACAGAAAAACUUGUCUGUAUAUUGGCUAAAGGGACCAUUUUUUCAUUUUCAUUAUUUAGAUUUUACUAAUUUUGUCUAACAUGCUUUAUUCAAUAUAUAUAUAGUGUUAUGAUAUUACUGUUUUUUAUACAUUUUUGGCUAGACCCUUGCUACAAUUAGCAAUAUAAACAAGUGUGAUUAUUAUUACUAUUACCAGUUGUUGAUGUUUGCCUCUUAUAAUCGCCAGUAUAAUAGGUAGACGAAAAAUAACUUAUUUAUGUAUUGCUUUUGUAUUAUUUAACUCUAUGAUCAUUGUUAUUGAAUAAAAACUAAAUUUAUUAAU